UCCGGUGUAAAUGUAAAACUAGAGUCAUAGAGAUUCAUUACUCCGUAGCUGCACAUGUUUUAUAAUUGCUUUAACGAUCGUCAUUCGGAUCUCGUUAUAACCCCGCGAUGAUUUAAAAUUGCAUAACAAACCUUCAUUGCACAAACUACGAAAAUCUCAAACGACAAUUUUAUAAAAUUAACUAGAUGACUUGGAUGCGCCGAUCUGCCUCAGACGAAGAUGCCUCUGCCAAAUAUCCUCAAAAAGGCAAGCAGUUACAUUUUAGGCGAUUGCAAUCAAGACAGUCGUCGUACUAUGUAUCAGGAUGGCGAGGCAUUAUUUUGCAAGAAUAACGUUUGUGUUCAUCCGCCGACCUUAAUGAGGCAGAACUCUGAUGUGGUACAUCAUCCUGGAUACAUGGCCAUAACCUGUAGGUUUGAUAAAAGCUCGAAUGUACCAACAUUACAUCUUAGUUGGAUUCCAAAUAGUACGCUUCGUAAACAUCCAACAACAUUAGAAAAUUUAAACGCGAGAAAACUUGAUUGCACUACUCAUCGUGACGUCGAUAUAAGUUAUGAUUUGAAAUGUGAAUACGAAAAUGCUGGUAAAAAAGUUGAUGUUUGCUUAGAAGUUAAAGAACCUAUCAAUUGUGGAGACUGUGAGCGUGUUUGUUCCGGUGGUUUUCCACGGAGUGCACGUUUUGAAAAUGACACGGAUACGAAAAAUGAUAAUGGGGAAAGCUUAUGCGACGAUCAGACUGUGCUUACAUCAGAAACUAAAGAAACUCCAAAUGUCAUUACCAAUCGACAAGUGAACUAUUAUCAGUCUGACAGUUCAUCGGUUACCAUACACGAAGAAAGCGAUCACAGUAUCAGUUUGAAUCGGUUACGCUCCGAAUCCUUGGGCUCGAAAUAUGAUGAAAGUCAACAGUGCAAAGAUCAAAAAAUUUCCGAAGCACAGGAAAGUGAUGGAAAAAGUAUCGAUGAGGAACUUAAAUAUCCGUAUUGUGAUGAUACCAGCCUUAAAAGUCGUAGUAUGUCGUUAACCUCUACAUGCAGUUUAUCUGUCGGCGCAUCUUCAGAGGCUGAAGAAAUUCCAUCAUGGAUGAGGUCACCUGAACUUCUAGCCUUACAGCAUAACCUCACAUUUCCUGAAAGUGCAACAGCUUCACCAGUAACACUACGUAGAGCACACAGAUGUAGAAGAUUUUCUGUGGAUCUCAGUGAAAUGAGAUCUUUACGAUUGUUUUUUGCUGAUCCAGCCUGUACUUCUGGUCAAUUAGUAGUUGCAAGUAGAGAAAGUCAAUAUAAGAUCUUACAUUUUCAUCAUGGUGGAUUAGAUCGAUUGGCAGCAACUUUAAAUCAAUGGCACCAAUUGCUUUAUUCACGACUAGAUACAGAUGCUGAAGAAACACUUCCUUAUAGGCAUUUCAUGGUAUGUCGACCAGAGGUAAGCCGUGAUGAAUUACACCCAGAAGAAGGGCAAGUACCAAUGAUUACAUCAUUAGCUUGGAAAGAUUUAUUAAAUGAAAGAGGUCAGUUAGAAGAUGACCUUGCUCUUCGUAAAGGAGUAUUUUUUGGUGGAUUAGAACCUGCAUUAAGAAAAAUUGUGUGGCCCUUUCUUCUUCAUUGUUAUUCAUAUCAAAGCACUUAUGAAGAUAGAGAACAAAUUAGUGCUAUUCGUAGACAGGAAUAUGAAGAAAUACAAAAACGUAGACUGAGUAUGAAUCCUGAACAAGCAGAACAUUUUUGGCGAAACGUGGUGUGUAUUGUAGAGAAGGAUGUUGUUCGUACUGAUAGAGGAAAUCCUUAUUAUGCAGGAGAGGAUAAUCCAAAUAUUGAAAUAAUGAAAAAUAUUCUAUUAAAUUAUGCGGUUUAUAAUUCUCGAUUAGGAUAUACACAAGGCAUGUCUGAUUUAUUGGCUCCUUUAUUAGCUGAACUUAAUUCUGAAAUUGAAGCAUUCUGGUGUUUUGCUGGUUUAAUGCAAAGGUCUGUAGCAGUAUGUACACCUACUGAUGUAGAUAUGGACAGAAACUUGUGUUAUUUAAGGGAAUUAGUUAGAAUAAUGGUACCAGACUUUUAUGCACAUCUUCAAAAACAUACAGAUGCCUUGGAACUUCUAUUUUGUCAUAGAUGGAUACUUCUGUGUUUAAAGCGUGAAUUUCCAACUGAAGUGGCAUUAGUAAUGUGGGAAGCUUGUUGGGUAAAUUAUUUAACAGAUCAUUUUCAUUUGUUUCUUUGCCUUGCUAUAAUGUGUGUUUAUGCAGACGAUGUAGUAGCGCAAGAUCUUCGAACAGAUGAAAUGCUAUUACAUUUUAGUUCUUUAGCUAUGUAUAUGGAUGGAAAUCUCAUAUUGAGAAAGGCAAGAGGCCUACUUUAUCAUUUUCGUCAGCUUGUUCGUUUACCAUGCACGUUAGCUGGACUUUGUCGUCACUGUGGUCCAGGAAUGUGGGAUAGUACUCAUGACCCUGUUAUAGAAUGUGUGGGUCAUGAUGAUGCUUCCUGUCCAUAUUUGAACCAUUACGUAUAACGAUCUAAUUUAAUGAAAGUGAAAAAAGCAACCUAUUGUUAGAGCUUUCAAAUUAUUCUUACGUUAAUUGAUCAAAUUAAAUGCUCUUUCAUGUAAAAUAAAUAAGUUCUA